UACAUUUGAAUGCAUUUGUAUUAAUAGUAUUAAUAGUAUUUCCCUUUCCUUUUGAUUAUCCAUUCAAUACAAACACAACUUUUGAUCGUCUUUUUCGGUAUUAAAUAAUCAAAUUAUGACGAAGGGAACGUCAAGUUUCGGAAAGCGUCGGAAUAAGACUCACACUCUUUGCCGUCGAUGCGGUCGGUCUUCAUAUCACAUCCAGAAGAAGACGUGUGCCUCUUGUGGUUAUCCGAGCGCUCGUAUCAGGAAAUACAACUGGAGUGUCAAAGCUAUCCGCCGAAAGACAACAGGAACGGGACGUAUGCGUCACUUGAAGAAAGUGUUUCGCAAAUUCAAGAAUGGCUUUAAUGGUGUGGCGACUACGGGACUCAAGAAGAGAGCCGCCGCACCCGCUUCGGGAUCCGCUGCCGCUUCUAAAUAAUUAAAUUGAAGUUUUAAAAAUAAACGUUUUUUGUU